AUGGGAGACGAGGUUCAGGCUCUGGUCAUCGACAACGGUUCGGGCAUGUGCAAGGCUGGCUUCGCCGGUGAUGACGCCCCCCGCGCUGUGUUCCCCUCGAUCGUCGGUCGCCCGCGCCACACCGGCGUGAUGGUCGGCAUGGGCCAGAAGGACUCGUACGUCGGUGACGAGGCCCAGUCCAAGCGUGGUAUCCUCACGCUCAAGUACCCCAUCGAGCACGGCAUCGUGACCAACUGGGACGACAUGGAGAAGAUCUGGCACCACACCUUCUACAACGAGCUCCGCGUGGCCCCCGAGGAGCACCCCGUGCUGCUCACCGAGGCCCCGCUCAACCCCAAGGCCAACCGCGAGAAGAUGACCCAGAUCAUGUUCGAGACUUUCAAUCAAUACCACGUGAUAUUUGCCAUCAGCCUUCUACAUGAGAAGUAG